AUGAUGAAGAAAGUAUUUCUAAUUAUAUUAGUGAAGAUAAAUCAAAACUUUCAGCAAGUGAUGGCCAUGCAGCACUACCCCACAGCACAAUUCCCGCAGUAUCCAAUGACAAGUCCAUUCGCAACCGCAACAGCUGUCGUUGCAUCGCAAAGUACCGCAGCCUCUAUGCCACGGUAUCCCCUCAGCACUCCAGCUAACGAGAUAGACACGGAUCCACGUGAAUUGGAACGAUUCGCAGAGCAUUUUAAGCAAAGGCGAAUAAAACUAGGAGUCACACAAGCCGAUGUCGGUAAAGCGUUGGCACACCUGAAGAUGCCCGGCGUUGGUUCGCUGAGUCAAUCGACCAUUUGUCGAUUCGAGAGUCUUACGCUAUCUCAUAAUAAUAUGGUCGCGUUGAAACCCAUUCUCCACUCAUGGCUUGAUAAAGCAGAAGAAGCGAUUAAAACAAAAGAUUCCGUAGGUGAUUCGCAAGGGAUUUUACCGAAUACAGACAAGAAACGGAAGAGGACGUCGAUCGCAGCACCUGAAAAACGCCUUUUGGAAGAUUAUUUUAGACAACAGCCACGACCUAGCGGAGAGCGGAUAUCUGCGAUCGCUGAUAAGUUAGAUUUGAAAAAGAAUGUUGUUCGGGUUUGGUUUUGUAAUCAACGACAGAAACAGAAAAGGUCAGUAAUCAUCACUACCUUUAUUUAA